AUGACAACACUUCAGUUGAAUGGAGAAUGGACAGAUAGAUAUGGCAAAAUUUGGAGAUCUUCACAAAGUGGUAAUACUUUUAAUUGGGUGGAAAAUACUACAGGAAGAGUGGCUUCCGAUCUGUAUAAGUUAUUUAGAUUUGAUGGAACAAAACAUUUGAAAUAUUCAAGCAACAAUGGAAAUCAACUAAUCUCCUCAGUGGACACAUUUACUAAGGCUCCAAGUAAUUCUUUUCCCACAGAUUUUAACCAAUCAAUUAUCAAAAAUGUUCCCUUACUGACUGGGGCUAUGUAUCAAGAUUAUUGUGGAAUGAUUUGGAAUUGUUCAAAUCAUGAGGGUGGUCACUUUGUUUUGAGUAAUUUAACUGAUGGAAGAAGCUGUGAUGGAUAUGUAGUGUUUGAUAUUUACAGAAACGUAUUCAUUAUUUAUAUUGUAUUUGUUAGAAAUGGUGUGGAAAAUGUCUUCAAAUCAGAAGCAACAAACCUGAACGAAAUGGAUUUAUCUAAUGGAGACUAUUUCAGAAGAGUUGGUGGAAAUACACCACUUCCUCAACCAGUAGAUCCGCCUCUUCUUCCAACCACAACUCAACAAUUACCUCAACCAACUCCAAUUCAAAUGCCACCGCAACCAACAACAAGAUACUACAGAAUUGGUGGUGGAAAAGAUGGUGUGUCAACAUGGACUAAAUGGAAUGGUUUACCUUGCCUUACAGUUGUUGAGGGUUGGGAAGUGGUUUUUGAAGUUGACCAAAAUGGAAAUAUUUCUGGAAGCAAUAGAACUGAUUACAAGAAUACUAUGUUAACAAAAUACUACAGUGGGACUUUCAAAAAUAAUGUCUUUGAUAUAUCAGCAAAAUUCUCUGAUGGAAGAGUAAUAUCAUACAAGGGAAGCUUAACAGGUAAUAAGGUUCGAGUGGAUUAUGUAAUUCUUACUCCUGGAAAUCUUCAGGGAGGCACGAUAGGCGAUGGUGGAUUCAAUGUUGGAACUUUGUUCGAAACAUCAGCCCCUCCAUGUCAGCCAAAAACAUAUACUAUUAAUGGAAAAACUUAUUGGAAAAGAUAUAAUGCACUUCCCAGUAGUAGCAUUGUGGAUGGUUGGAUGAUGAGUUUUAAUGUUGACAAAUAUGGAAAUAUUUCUGGAAGUAAUAAGAAUGCUGGUCAAGCAUUUACGAAAACAUACAGUGGCACCUUAAUUAAUAAUUUAAUGGAUGCAACUGCCAAAUGGGAUGAUGGCAGAACUGCAACAUACAAAGGCUCUAUUACCAACAAUACCAUAAAACUUGAUUUUAUCAUUACAGCACCUGGUACUCAACCAGGUCAAUCUGGUGAUUCAGGAUUUAAUACUGGAAUAGUUACAAGUAAUUAA